CACCACACCAGUCUUUUUCACACCAUGUCACUCUCUAUCACACCACACCAGUCUUUUUCACACCCUGUCACUCUCUAUCACACCACACCAGUCUUUUUCACACCCUGUAACUCUCUAUCACACCACACCAGUCUUUUUCACACCCUGUCACUCUCUAUCACACCACACCAGUCUCUUUCACACCCUGUCACUCUCUAUCACACCACACCAGUCUUUUUCACACCCUGUCACUCUCUGUCACACCACAUCAGUCUCUUUCACACCCUGUCACUCUCUGUCACACCACAUCAGUCUCUUUCACACCCUGUCACUCUCUGUCACACCACAUCAGUCUCUUUCACACCCUGUCACUCUCUGUCACACCACAUCAGUCUCUUUCAGACUCUGUCACUCUCUUUUAUGCACUGUCCCUCUUUAUCACACCCCAUUAGUCUCUAUCACACCUUUUCACCAUCUAUCACACCCCAUCAAGUUUCUAUCACACCCUGUCACUGUAUCACAUUCUGUCAUUCUCUAUCAUACCCUAUCAGUCUCUUGCACCCUGUCACUCUAUAUCACACCACAUCAGUUUCUGUCACACUCUGUCACUAUCACACACCAUCAAGUCUCUAUCACACCCUGUCACUCUAUCACACCACAUCAGUCUCUCUCACACCCUGUCACUCUCACACCUUGCUCUCUAUCACAUCCCAUCAGGCUCUUGCACCCUGCCACUUUAUCACACCCUAUAACUCUCCAUCACACCCCACCAGUCUCUUGCACCCUGUCACUCUAUCACACAAUUACUCUCUAUCACAGCCUGUCACUCUUAAUCACACCAUGUCACUCUCUGACACCAUCACUCUCUAUCACACCCCAUUAGUCUCUUGCACCCUGUCCAUUUCUCACACCUUACUUUCUAUCACACCCCAUCAAGCUCUUGCACCCUGUCACUCUCACACCUUGCUCUCUAUCACAUCCCAUCAGGCUCUUGCACCCUGCCACUUUAUCACACCCUAUAACUCUCCAUCACACCCCAUCAGGCUCUUGCACCCUGCCACUUUAUCACACCCUAUAACUCUCCAUCACACCCCAUCAGUCUCUUGCACCCUGUCACUCUAUCACAUAAUUACUCUCUAUCACAGCCUGUCACUCUUAAUCACACCACGUCACUCUCUGACACCAUCACUCUCUAUCACACCCCAUCAGUCUCUUGCACCCGUCACUCUCUUACACCUUACUCUCUAUCACACCCUGAUCAAGCUCUUGCACCCUGUCACUCUAUCACAUAAUUACUCUCUAUCACAGCCUGUCACUCUUAAUCACACCACGUCACUCUCUGACACCAUCACUCUCUAUCACACCCCAUCAGUCUCUUGCACCCGUCACUCUCUUACACCUUACUCUCUAUCACACCCUGAUCAAGCUCUUGCACCCUGUCACUUUCUCACACCCUAUGACUCUCUAUCACACCCCAUCAGGCUCUUGCACACUGUCACUUUCUCACACCCUAUCACUCUACCACACCCCAUCAAUUUCUGGCAUCCUAUCACUCUCUCACACCCUGUCACUCUCUAUCACACCCCAUCAAUUUCUUGCACCCUGACACUCUAUCACACAAAUACUCUCUAUCACUACCUCUCACUCUUUGUUACACCCUGUCACUCUCUGACACUAUUACUCUCUAUCACACCCCAUCAAUCUCUGGCAUCCUGUCACUCUUUAUCACACACUGCUUCUCUCUAUUACACAAUUUCAACAUGUAUCACACCUUGUAAAUGUUUAUCACACUGUCCCCUUUUAGCCUGAAUCACACACUCUCAGUUUUAAUCACACUCUGUUACACUUUAUCACACCCUGUCACUCUCUAUUAUGCAAUUUCACUUUUUAUCACACUCUUUCAUUUCCCAACACAUCCUGUGCUGAACUCGAAGUAAUAAACUAAAGUAAUUCUG